UACUUCCUUAUAAUUCCAAAUACCUUAGAGAAAUUAAAAUGUACAAGAGACAAAAGCUUGGGUCUCAGGGGGUUAAUUAUUAGAAUUAAGAUUGGGACGUCACUCACGUUCACAUACGUGUAAAAGCAGGUGAGCGAAUACUUUUGGCAGUAUAGUCUAUGUUCAGACCCUUGCAGUAGCGCAGUGUUGUGCUGAGUCGGUGGCGCCCCCGGUGGUCGGCUGCGGCACUGAUUCUCCAGCAGGAGUCUCUUUCUCUCCGCUUUGACUCAGUCCGCCGGAGCUCUGCCGACUGGAGGGAUGUGACCCCGGAACAGGACGCCCUCCUACAACAACACCCCAUUCAAACAGAGCACAGAAGAAAGUAAAGCUGGACCAGGAGGGAGCCACAGGAGCAGGGGGGAUGAACCGCGAGGAGGCCCCGGGGAAGUCUCCUGAAGACAUGUACGUCCAACAGAAAGUGCGGGUCCUGCUCAUGCUAAAGAAAAUGGGAUCAAACCUCACACCGAGUGAAGAGGCUUUUCUCCGGAAUUACGCAGGUGUGGUCCACAGUCAGAUGAGCCAGCUACCGCAGCACAACAUAGACCAGGGUGCCGAGGACGUGGUUAUGGCGUUCUCGCGGUCAGAGGCGGAGGAUCGGCGACAGUGACCCCGGCCCCCGCCCCACCUACACCCCUCCAUCCCGGCCCGCCGACCCCACCCUGCCCCGCCCCGCACGUGAUCCACGGCAACAUGAAACUCCAACACAAACACGACACUGAUGAGCUCAGGAGAAAGACGGAUGCCUGGGAUGGGGGAACAGAGGAGGGAAGAGGGAAGGGAAAAGACACAGCAGGUGGCUGCACCGCUCUCCGCCCGACCUUUUUCCAACCACGACCCCCUCCCCCCUCCCUCACUCAAGUCGGCACACUCAUUACCUGAGAUGCACUCGAGUGGGUCACUGUGGGCUGAAGCCUCGGCCAACAAGGCAGUCGGUGAAAACACUCGCAGAUUGUGUGGAUGAUUAUCAGAUGUAGUUUUUGUCUUUCAUUUUUUAUUUUUUUUUUGUGGGAGGGGGGUUUUGUUUUGUAUCGUUUAAGUCUGUGUUGAGACUUUAGACAGUGUUACGCGUUAUAUCAGCUGUGGUCGCUGGAGGAAUUGACCGGCUGGCAGCUGACUGAAGCAAACAGAAAUAUAGUUUUGGUCAAGCAGCGAGUGUGAUGGUUGGUCGUGUUAGAAGAGAGAUUUUAAUUACUUCUGCUUACUACCUGGCCCGAAGUUGUUUUUGUUUCUUUUUUUUUGCGUUAAAGGGCUUUUGUAUUCUGUCCUCCCAGGGCCUCAUUUAUAAAAGACACAUGCACCAGCUGCCAUCACAAACUGAGAAACAAAUGUUAAUGUAGCAUCCACACAUUUACUGAUACCUGCAUGUUAAAGACAGAAUAGUAAAAUAAACUACUUUCAGUCAUGAAAACUUUAAAAAAACACACACUAUCAUGUAGCUUUAAGUGUUUGUAAUAAUCAGUAACAAUAUGGAAAAACAAAAAAUCUUAAAUACGUCUAAUUUGGCAAAUAUUGUCCAUUAAUACACAUUUAAAACAUCCUUACAGCGGAGAUAUCCCAGUAAAGAAAUCAGUUAAAUGUCAGUAGACUGUGUUCCAGUGGUUUAAUAGGAGCUCUGUGUCUUAAUUUAAAUACAUUUGGUUCAUAUGUUAGUGGUUCAUAAACACAUCAAUCUAUCACCAAUCCCGGUCACUUCCGCAUUUUCUCUUAACGCUCGAACAAGAAAUGGGAACAAAGGCGAAACAAUUUAGUAUCCAACAUUUUGUCCUGAUCGAUGGCAGUUAUUUUUCCUUAUUUCUUUUGCGUUUUUUUUUUUUUUUUUUUUUUUUUUUUUUGUUAUAAAUGAGGCUCCACUUGUUGUUCUGCUGCUUUAUUUUGCUGUAGAUUUCGUUUUUGUUUUUUUCUCAUGAGGGAACGACACUACCACACAUAAUCACGUCAAACAUUGGUGUACACAUUCUCUCCCCCUUAACUAAUAAUACUAGUUUGGGGUUAUUGUGUCAUGUUUUGUUUUGUUUUCUUCCUUUUUUUUUUUUUAAUUGUACAGAUAGUUGGGAAAAUAGGAAAAUGAAUUAAGUGUGCCAAUUGUAUUUUUUUUAAGUCUGUAAGAUAAAAAUUAACGGUUAAGAAAGAGACGAGCUGUAGUUGUAAUUUAUUGUUUACUGAACCGACACCGUGUCCUACGAACGCAUCGUUAAAGAUGGAGGAUGAGGGUUGAAACCGAACCGUUCACACUAAACUCACGCAAAACUCUAAUUUUUUUUUAACAUACACACACAUAUAUAUAUAUAUAUAGCUACCUGAAACUCGAGACGUGAAGCCAAACAUAAGAGCUGUGUGCUAUUUUAUGACUGUACUGUAUCUCUUGCACUACGAUUGGUGGGAUAUUUGCAAAAAAUACAUUUUGAUAUCUAGCACAGAGAUUGUAUGUUUGGUGGACAUUUUUAUUCCCUCGGUGAUUUUAAUUAAGAAAAAUAAAUAAAACAACUCAGUGUAAUUGACUCAACUGGAAUAGCUUGCUAAAAGGCCGACAUGUUUUUACUUUUUUUCUUCUAGUGACAUGCUCAGUAUUUAAUGUGUUUGUAUAACUUAAAAUAAUUGUAUUGUUUCAAAGCCAAGCAUGUCUGCCUUGUGGUUUAUAAUGAUCAUUCAAGUCGGGGGAUCUUUGAAGCCUCGCCGCGAUGACCAUCGUUUGUACAUUCUUGACGUUUGUGGAAGCUACUCGCUCUUUUAAGAAAAGAAAAAAAAAAAAGAAGAUAUCCUUUUUUUUUUUGGUAUGGGUAAGUGUUAUCCAUUUUAUCUUGUUGGCAAUAACUUCUAUUUGAAUGUCCUCAACAAUCAUCGCAAUGUAAACGGCCAACAGAUGAUGUUUACUUCUGUUUUAAAACAUUCUUUAUUUGUCUAUGCAUUGUUAUUUUUAUUUUCUUUAAAAGGUGUCUUACUGUACAUUUUACCUAUCAGGGUUGUUCUGCAGCCUUCGUAUCGAGUUGUGAGCGAACGAAUGAAUGUGUGUGUGUGUGUGUGAGAUCAUCGGUUUUGAUUUUCAGCAUGCUGUUGAGUUGAGACUAGGAUCGUGUAUCUUUUUACUGUGACGUUGCCUAAUUGUUCUUUCUUUUCUUUUUUUUUUUUUCCUCUUUAUUCGUCGAGGUUUUGUUUCGUGUUGUAUUUGAUUUUUUUCUUUUUUUUUCCCUCUCGGUCGACGUUGAUUAGUUGGUUUUUGUUUUGUAUGGCUGCUGACCAUGUCUUGACUUAAUGCUUCCAAAUCCUAUACCAACUGAACCAUUAAAGAUCUUUUAAACGGUGAA